UCCCCUUGUCUACCUAAAGCCUAUAAUUUCAACGUUAUGUAUUGUUUGGUACUUUAAUAACACAGCACACAAUUAGCCUUACUUUCUGCUAGUGUUUUGUAUAAUUAUGAUUGUAUCUUCAAUCGUGUUUUUAUUUAUUUAUUAUUUUACCUAUUACUGCAAUGGAAAAAUGAAAAUUUGAUAUCUUGUGUUGCUUACAUUCUUUCUGUUUUGCUCUGGUUACUUGUAACUUAGUUUAGAACUCAACUUUUCCAUUGCUUAGUUUUGAACCGUUUGUUGGGUGACCAUGCCUGCUUCAAUGAAUCUUUCAAGAAGACAUGGAUUAAAAUGAUUGAACAGGCUUCUUUGCUGAUUUGUUUGAAUAUACCAUUAAUUUCAUGUUGGUUAGUGGAGGUGUUUUUUUAUCUAGUUAAAUUCAACUGUUUCAGUGUUGGAGUUGUGUGCCAUGUAAAUGAAAUGAGAAUAGAGACAAAUAUAUGCUAGAUAUUCUUCAUAUUCUGUAUACACCACAUAACUGACUUAACCUUGAUGUUUUGUUAAGAAUGUAACUUUCAAUGUAAGCAACCCAUUCCUUUUGGACGCAGGGAGCACAUCCACACAUGUGCAUGACUAUGUAUAGUGCCUAGGUUUACUUAUCAUGAUGAUAGUGUUUUUGAGAUAAACUGCAUAUCACAAUUUACUUGGGUAUAUAGUUCUUAUUUAAGUUACCAUUUUAAUUUGUCUCAAGGUAGCAGAUUUAACCGUUGAGAUGUUCUUAGUACAGAAUCUUUUAAAACUGAGCUUUUAAAAAUCCAAAUAGCAUGUAAAAGAGCUAGCCUCGUACAAUUGCCAAUUCACUAUCAGAAUCUUAACACUUAAGGCUACUGUCGUGGUCAGGUACAAGAGUUUAAACUUUAAAUGGGGGUGUCAGGGCAGGGGGAUAUACAAGAUAAGAAUAAUUUAGAAUCAAAUUCUCACCACGUCAAUAAUAGUGUAGUAGUAGACUCAAGUAAAAGAAAAUGGGAUGGUAACUAAUCAACCUCUAAACUCAUAUCUUAGCUAAGUAAAAUCCAAAUAUCAAUGAGGACCUCAAAAAGAAUUAAGAGCUAAGUUAAUCAAAUCACGUCUUUCCUACACCAGGAAACAUCAAGGGUCUAAUCGUGGAUGAUUUUAUGAAGUCAUGAAGUCUUUACUGUGAGUUUUUAUCCUUCAAAGCACUAAUGUUUUGCAAUCUCCCCCAUUUCCACCUCCACCAGCGUGAGAAGAAUAAAAGCAAGAGAAGUGAGAGAUAUAAUGGAGGUGAUGGGAAAAGAAGAGAAAGAUAGGAAGAAAAAAAAUAAUGGAUGGGAGGGAGGUAAAGUGGAUGUGAAUAUAUCAAAGUUGUCUUCAAAAUGAGUUUAACAUUCUGAGCUCUUUGGUUAUCUCUAAAUUAAGGGUAAAAGUAAAAGUAAUAAACUAAUUAUUCUAAACGUGAAAUGAAUAGACUCAAGGUUGUCAAAUUCACAAUUAUGCGUAAACUCCUUUAGAGUCCGUACCGAAUUCACCAACAAUGAAAAAAAUACUUGUGAAAACCUGUUAUGGUAUACAAAGAUAGUAAACUAGUACCAUUGAAGAUACAUUAACCAAAGGAAUUCAACAUACCAACUUCAUACUAAAGCAAACUUCAACAAAGGACAAUAAUAGAGUGCAAUAUUACUUAGUACAUCUCCUAAAGCAUGCAUAAUAACCAAAUCAUAAGUUCUUGUAGCAAUAACCAAGCAAGGGGCAUUCUUCCUAGAUUUAAAUGCAACAACACAUGUGUUGCUUGAAGACUUUGAUGAACCAGUCUCACACAUUCUGAUAUGAAAUAUGAAUAAUAUCAGAAAAAAAAAACAGAGUUCAGCAAUUCAAGGCUCAGUUCAGUUAAAGGUUCAAAAUUUCGAUACCCAAAAAGCUGAAUAGAUAAACAGAGGGAUGUGAAGGGGAGAAGAAUUCAAUGGUAGAAGAAGUGAAUAUUACUAGAAAUCACUCACUGGUCACUGUGAAAGCAAGGGUGCGAGAAGGAGAAGCUCUUGCGAAACCUUGUUCAAGCUUCCGGCGGCGGAAAAGGAGAAGCAUGGCAGCGGAGAAGCAACUCGCGGUGGCAGAGGAGCUAUGUGAGGGGCGGUGGUGGUUCACGAGCAACAGGGUCUUCUGAGUUUCGAGACUCACCAAGAGAAAGGGAGAGUUUCGUGAGAAACCUUGGCAACAAGAAAAUUGAAGUUUUUGGUGGCCAUGAAAGGAGGAAGAAAGAAUUUGAAAAGGGCCACAGAGGAAACACAUGUAACCCUUCAAGAUGGGCAAAGCAUCACGCAAGUGGUGUCUCUUCGAGGCUCCAAUCUCAUUGAGGUCAUGGAUGCACGUGGUGAGAAAUCACUAGCUCUAUUUCCUGCUAAGUUUCAGAAAAGCAUGUGGAUAAAACGAGGGAGCUUCGUAGUAGUUGAUGACGCUGGAAAGGAAAAGGCUCUGGAAUCAGGUAGCAAGGUUGCAUGUCUUGUUUCUCAAGUUCUUUUCUAUGAACAAGUUCGAGCACUACAGAAAUCUCCAGAAUGGCCUGAAAUUUUUAAAUCUGAGAUGGUAGAUGAUUCAAACGAAACAACCACCUCCCAACAAGUAAAUGAGAUGGACGAGAGUGAUGACGAUGAUGAUGGACUACCUCCAUUGGAAGCCAAUACAAACAGGAUUAGGCCUCCUGAGUUCGAUGAAGAUACAGAAUCCAAUUCAGAUACAGAUGAUUGAAUAACAUAAUUAGGUUUUCAUACUUGCAUAUGGAUGAUUACAUUCAACUUCAAUCAUCAAUUCAUGUAAAAGAAUGUUCUUUUCUUAUCUUCGUGUGCUGAUUCUUCUGAGUAUAGAUGUUUCAACUUGUAACUGAACUCAAAAAAAAGAAUUGAGUUUGCAUUGACAUGCCAAACUAUAAAACACAGACAGACCGUAAAUUAUUUGUUUGAUUAAUUGCC